AUCACAGCUAUACUCAUGAGCCUUUAAUGCGUUCGAUCAUUACGAAUCCUGCAUUCAGUCAGAUUCGAAUCACCCCGAGUCACCUCACUGAAAACCGAAUCCGAGCACUGUGGAUUACAUCAGCAAUUUUAGUUCGUAUAUCCUCUGACUUUCAGAGAAUUGCUCGGCACCCAUGACCUACACAUGACAAGACCUGCUUCGAGUCCCGAAUCCAAACGAAUCGAUUCGGUUGCCGGUUCAUGCAGGACUCUAGUACAUGUGUCAAUUUUUAGCUGGGAAGCACAUUUCGUAGCAUCACUAAGGGCGCUCAGCCUUGAAAAUAACUUUCGCUGGAGCUGCGUUGUGAAUCAUGCUAACUCAUAUCUGAUCUGAUAUCAUAUCUUUGCUAAGAAUGAACCUUGGACCAAAAAAAGUGCUAAAAUCAGACGAAUCGAACUGGAGGCGAAAAGGAACCAUUGACCGAUAUCAACCGUUUACUCGACAAGGUCAUCGAACAUAAUUGCAGGUGGCUACGCCACUCAUCUCUCCGAGGUAAUCUCGGUAUUCCUUUUUUUUGGGGUUUCUGAAAUCAAUAGUGCGGGAUGUGUCUCAAUGCCAUCAAUCGAUUGGUUGAAGGGGAAAGAAACGGAAGUUUUUUGCAAAAAAAAAUUGUAUCUGAAAUAGUUUGUUGUUUUGGCCCCGUUAUCGACUUCGUCUACACGCAGUUGAAAAUGUUAAUUUUCUGAUAUUGAGGGCGAGGUAUCUAGACGUCGCCUGUAUGGCAUAUAUGCCAAGUUCUUCGUGUAAUACGUUAUUAGAAUAAAACUGCGCUUUACUGGAGCUUGACACACGAAUCAGGAUGAAUACGAUGAAAUUCAAUACAAUAAUUGGUUUUUUGGUGCUAAGCUGUAUGGCCGCGGCCCAGAAAAACUGGAAGCUCUGGAAGCCCACUAAUUCGGUGACCAUACGACAGAAUGGCGGAAGCCUGUGUGCCAAUCAUUUGGUUGGUGAAUUUGUGCCGCAUGCUGAAGACUGCCAAAUGUUUUAUCUUUGCGUGGAGAACGGUGAUGCUGUCUUGGCCUCCUGUCCGCCCACAAUGCUCUUCAAUUCUGAUAGCAAGCUCUGCGAUACAGCGGGGAAUGUGAGAUGCAGAAACGACACAAAGAGCGGCAUGGAAAACGCAAUUCCGCCGAACGCCGGUGACAACGAUUUCAACAACAUGAUUACGGAUGCGGCUACCUACUGUGCCACGUUAACGCAACAGCAGUCCAACGAUCGGAUCGUUUAUAUAGGCAGCUCCAGCAGCUGUAGCAAUUACUACAUCUGCUAUUAUGGGCAGGCUAUACUGCAGGAGUGCAGCUCGGAACUGCAUUGGAAUGCGAUGACUGGAAAGUGCGAUGUACCGGAGAGGGCUCAAUGCACGUUGGGUGCUCCUGAAGAGGAUCCUUCUACGAAUCCAACUGCUCCCAAUGGGAACAUAAACUCGGGUGUAGCUGUGUGGAAUGAGUUCAUCCACUGCCCCACCUACGGACAACAUCUGUAUCCCCAUAUGCAGCGAUGCGAGUUUUUCAUUUACUGUGUGAAAGGACAUCCCACUCUGCAGCAAUGUCCGUUUUAUUAUUUCUUUGAUAUUGCCUCAAAAAGUUGUCAGUGGUCGCGUACGGCUUUGUGUGUACGUGAUUUAAAUUUGCCGCCCCAAAUAAAACGGCAAACCUAACUCUACCACUUGUGUGUUUACUGAUUUUCUUAUCGAUUUCCCCCAC